GCGAUGCCAUCCUGCCACGUGCCGAGUGUGAGGCAUCCAUCCAAGUGGAUGUUUCCCCCUCUCCUCCUUUUGCUGGCUGAGCUCGCCUGCAAUGCCCAGCCCACGUACCAGUGGAAGGAUGCUGUGACGAACGAGAGGAUCACAUGCCAGCAGUGCCCUCCGGGGACCUUCGUGGCACAGCACUGCUCCAGGGACAGACGCACGGCGUGUGAGCCCUGCCCGGAUUUGCACUACACUCAGUACUGGAACUACCUGGAGAAGUGCCGGUACUGCAAUGUCAUCUGCGGGGAGAAGCAGGUGGAGGUGCAGCAGUGCAAUGCCACGCACAACCGUGCCUGCCAGUGCCAGCAGGGCUACUACUCCAACAUGGAGUUCUGCAUCAGGCACUCCGAGUGCCCGCCGGGCUCUGGUGUUGUGAAGCCGGGUUCCCCCUUUGAGGACACCCAGUGUCAUGACUGCCCCCACGGCUUCUUCUCCUCCAACUACAGCACCAACCCAUGCCAGCCACACCAGCACUGUGAGCAGCAGGGGAAGGUGACCAACGUGCAGGGCAACAAGUACCACGACACUCUCUGCACAUCCUGCAGGUUGGGGAGAGGCAACAGCACACAGGGGUCAGCAGCAGAAGAUGAAGACUGUGAACAAGCCAUGAUAGACUUUGUGGUGUAUCAGAACAUCCCCAUCAAGAAGCUGAAGCGCCUGCAGCAGAUCCUGGAGCACUCACCAAAGAAGCAGGCACCAUGGACCAGGGCAGCCAUCCAGGAGAAAUUCCGGGCUUUCCUCACUCACAAGAGGGAGGAGGACUCUGAAGUCACCAAGGAGCUGCUGGAUGCGCUGCGCACGGUCAAGCUCCAUUCCAUCGAGGAGAAGGUCCGCAAGCGCUUCCAGCUGCCCUGA